UUUUUGUUCAAGCUUUGGCACUUCCUGUGCCAGCCAUGCCACGAUCGCUCUUGGGAAAAUGCGUGCGUAUUGAGAACGGUGGUGAUCACACUUUGGCGCUGGUCGUGGCCCAACGAUGGGACGACUGCGUGCAGGUGGCUGGCUGUGGUGCGGAGUGGAAGAAGGACUUGCCUUGGUUGAAGCCGAGUCGCUAUCAGAUAGUUGCUCCGUGCCGUCCUUCCACUUCUCUCCCGUCAAGUUCUCGUUCUUCAAGCUGGUCGCGGAGCUGGAGCCGAACGUGCAGCCCAGCUCAGGCUCCGCGCCUGCGCCUUCGCCCGAAGCGUCGGAGUCGAAGGCAGAGCCGAAAGCGGCACAACCCGUCGCAGGGAGAAGCUGGCCCAACGCGUCGAUCUCGCCGGAGCCGCACGCGCGGGCGGCAGCGCAGCCGCGCUGAGGCGGAUGACCCAUUGGGCGAGCCGGAGCCAGCAAAAAAAACACAAAGAACAACACAGUCUGGUGAUAAAGAGGAGAAAAAGCUUCCCGAAUUCGACUUUGACAAGGACUGGAAGGAUUGGAAGGACAAGUCUGUGGCCCUCCUGAACUUGAAGGCCGAUGAGUCACUGAAUGGACUCAUGGCGACGGUGAAACGGUACAACAAAGAGACCAAACGUUUCGUGGUGACCGUUGAGGGUGGCAGAGGCGACAAAAGCAUCAAGAUGGAGAAUCUUUUCAAGGUGGUGACUGGCUGCCAAGUGAAGCUGCAGGGGCUUGACUCCAAGCUGAAUGACUGCAUGGGCCAGUGUGGUCGCUUGGACGUUAAGAGCUUGAGAUACGACGCCACGCUGUCUGACGGACGGCAGGUGAAGGUAAAGCCGGCGAAUGUGGAGCUGGUGGCUGAGGCGCCGGUGCCGAGUGAUGAGGAGGCAUUCAAGGAUGAGGCCAUGGCGAACGGUCCGAACGAUGAAGGUCUGAUGUUCGAAACCUCCGAGGACGUGGAGGUUGUGCGGACCUUUGACGCGUUGGGCUUGAAAGAGAACUUGCUUCGAGGUGUUUAUGCAUAUGGUUUCGAACGACCAUCUGCAGUGCAGCAGCGUGCCAUUCUUCCCAUCCUGAAGGGUCGAGAUGUCAUUGUACAAUCACAGAGUGGAACAGGAAAGACUUUGGUCUUUUGCUUGGCUGCCCUGCAGCAUGUUGACACCACUUCCCGCGAGCCACAGGCGCUCCUUUUGUCGCCGGCACGAGAGCUGGCAGAGCAGAGUCAGAAGCUUUGCUUGGCCCUGGGUGAUUACCUGAAUGUCCAAGUGCACGCGUGCAUUGGUGGCACGCGCGUCUCAGAUGACAUCCACACCUUUGAUGCAGGUGUGCAGAUCGUUUCUGGAACUCCUGGCCGAGUCUUCCACAUGAUUCAGCAGCGGCAUUUGAGCACCCGUCACAUCAAGAUGCUGGCACUGGACGAAGCAGAUGAAUUGCUCAAUAGGGGGUUUAAGGGGCAGGUGUUCGACGUCUACAGAUACUUGCCACCAUCCACUCAGGUUGUGCUGCUAUCUGCAACAAUGCCGCAUGAGGUUCUGGAGAUGACACACAAGUUCAUGAACAAUCCUUUCCGCGGCCUGGUGAAGCGCGAUGAGUUGACGCUUGAACACAUCAAGCAGUUCUUCGUUGCAGUGGAGCGAGAACAGUGGAAGUUCGACACCUUGUGCGACUUGUACGAUACUCUCACCAUCACACAGGCGGUGAUUUUCUGCAACACCAAGCACAAGGUGGACUGGUUGAGCCAAAAGAUGCGCGACGCCAACUUCAAAGUGGCGUCCAUCCACGGUGACAUGCCUCAAAAGGAGCGCGAUGCCAUCAGGCAGCAGUUCCGCUCUGGCACCAACCGAGUCUUGAUCACCACCGACUCGUGCGGCCGCAGCGUGCUGGCGCAGGCCAAGGACUCCACCGUGACAUCUCCGACUCCUUUCCUCUUUGGGUACUCCACCCACUGGCGGUGGUUGCGUGGUUGCCUUGACACCAGUUUAUAUAAGCGCCUCCAUCCGCCAAGUGGUGACUCAGGUGUCCCUGGUGAUCUGUUACGACCUGCCCAACAACCGAGAGCUCUACAUCCACCGCAUCGGCCGUUUCGGACGAAAAGGUGUGGCCAUCAACUUCGUGAAGAAUGAUGACAUUCGUAUUUUGCGCGAUAUUGAGCAGUUUUACUCCAUUCAGAUCGACGAGAUGCCCAUGAAUGUUGCAGAAAUUAUUUAAACUCGAACCGUGCAGAAACAGGCUUGGAAAGGCGGUGUGUCCGCAUUGGCGUCCUGCCAGUCUUCUGACUUGGCCGAAGCUGCAAAGCACCGGCUCGAAGUGUGGC